CAGCCCCGCGGCGGCCCCCCCGCACACGCCCAGCCGCGGGGCCGCCUCCCGGCAUGAGGAGCUGCAAGAUGGUGCGGGUGGCCAGCGUGCUGGGGCUGGUGAUGCUGAGCAUCGCGCUGCUCAUCCUCUCCCUCAUCAGCUACGUCUCGCUCAAGAAGGACAACAUCUUCGGCGCGCCCCGCGCCGCCGGCGCGGGGGGGCCCCGCAUGUACAUGUUCCACGCGGGAUUCAGGUCGCAGUUCGCGCUGAAGUUCCUGGACCCCUCGUUCGUGCCCAUCACGAACUCCCUGACCCACGAGCUGCAGGAGAAGCCCUCCAAGUGGGUGUUCAACCGGACCGCGUUCGCGCACCAGAGGCAAGAAAUCCUUCAGCAUGUCGAUGUAAUAAAAAAUUUUUCUUUGACCAAGAAUAGUGUUCGGAUUGGACAGCUGAUGCAUUAUGAUUAUUCCAGCCAUAAGUACGUUUUUUCUAUUAGUAAUAACUUCAGAUCACUACUUCCAGACGUGUCACCGAUCCUGAAUAAGCAUUACAACAUUUGUGCCGUGGUUGGAAAUAGCGGAAUCCUGACUGGGAGUCAGUGCGGACAAGAAAUAGAUAAAUCUGAUUUUGUUUUUCGUUGCAAUUUUGCUCCAACUGAGGCAUUCCAAAAAGAUGUUGGAAGGAAAACCAAUCUCACAACCUUCAACCCCAGCAUCCUGGAGAAGUAUUACAACAACCUUUUGACCAUUCAGGAUCGCAACAACUUCUUUUUAAGUCUAAAAAAGCUUGAUGGAGCCAUUCUUUGGAUCCCAGCUUUUUUCUUCCACACAUCAGCAACAGUCACAAGAACACUGGUUGACUUCUUUGUUGAGCAUAGAGGGCAACUAAAGGUCCAGUUGGCUUGGCCAGGAAAUAUAAUGCAACACGUUAACAGAUACUGGAAAAACAAACACCUGUCACCCAAGCGGCUGAGCACAGGUAUUCUCAUGUAUACACUUGCUUCUGCCAUAUGCGAAGAGAUUCACUUGUACGGAUUCUGGCCGUUCGGGUUCGACCCCAACACAAGGGAAGACCUCCCAUACCACUACUAUGAUAAGAAAGGAACAAAGUUCACAACCAAGUGGCAGGAGUCCCACCAGCUGCCUGCAGAGUUCCAGCUGCUCUACAGGAUGCACGGUGAAGGACUGGCCAAACUGACCUUGUCGCAUUGUGCCUAAGAACCUAAUCUUGAAGUGCCAAAUGAUUGUCUAAAAAGUGCCCAAAUCUGAGUAAACAUUCUUCAGAUACAAUUCUAAAAAAAAAAAUAAUAAUACCCACCCUAAAAUAUUUUCCAUAAUAUAAAGAUGCUUUUUAAUCACCCUUGUCACUGUUCAUCAAAGGGUUUAAGCAUAUUUAGCAGUGCAGAAGCAUUUAUCAGAUUCUGUGGAUGCUAUUCAUGCAGCAUAACAGCAAAGUUGAAAUAUUUUGCAUUUAUAUAUAUGCUAUGAAGUAUCUUUUAAAAUCUUUUCCUAUUUCAGCAUUCCACUAAAUGCCUCUAAACAUCUUAAGUCAAUUGUUCCUUUCAGAUUAGAAUUAGGAGUGCUAAUUUUAAAAGGUAUCGCUUCUCUUGUAUACAUUGCUAUUAGUAGCUCAGCAUCCAUCUAGUUGGCGUGGCUGACUGAAAAAGCCACCCAGAAUCCCAGUUUUAUUAUCACUUACAAGUUCUUCAGCAAGGAUCCCAAAUUUCCACAGCUUGCAUAUUUUCGUAUUUACUGAAUUUUACAUUUUUUUAAGACCUCAUGGAAAAGGUGAAAAUACAGCUUGUACUUUAGCUAGGCAUUUGUAUUACUCUUAGAAUACUCCAGUGUUUUAAGUCAGUUGGGGCCACACCCUAGUCCAAAUUAGACCGACUGAAACAUUUUCAUUCACAUCUGUGUGACACUAUUUGGUCUUUUAAUUUUGAAGUUGAAAUACCAAACGGGCGGCCGUAGGUCUCUGUGGAGUGUCUACCCCGUGGCGAGGCGAGCCCCAGCGCGGCGCCAGGCCGUGCGUCCCUCUCGAGGCCGUGUCCUCGGUGGGAAGCACCUUUUGGGAGACAACGUCUCCUCGGCUGUGAGCGCACGGAGCCCGUGCCCAUACUGCGGCACAGGGAGCCGCCAGGAGCACCCAUUUACCCCUGCGUGCAGCCAGGCUCCCACACCGCUCACUGCGGCGCAUGACAGCGGUGCGGAAGAGGCCCCACGUAGCACCCGGCCCCUCGCGGCGAGGUGUGCGCCUGGAGGAGCGGGCUGUGCAGGGAGGGCUGGCAGGCCCCCUCAGCCUGGAUAACGGGAUGGGCCAACCCGCACCAGAAGCCCCGUCUGCCCCAGCUCACGCCUUGCAGUGCUCCACACCGCUCGGCAGAGGUGCGCCCAGCCGUCCCUCCGGCCCGGCCACACCAAGCACCCACAAGGGUGAGCGGGUCGGGGGGAGCCAGGCAGGCAGACAACGGAAUGAAAUCAGGACUUCCAAGUUCCUAAAAAAUGGCUUUUAAAGGGAAGCGAGUGUAGCAGGAGCACAGGGAACAGGAAAUACAAUUACUGGAUUUCCCCAUUUACAUCCCUAAGUCCACGGUCAGACAACUGAAUUAGUGGCCUCAUUUUCCGGUCACAAACAGUCAGUGCAGUCAAAGGGAGACACAGCUUUCUAAGUUCCUUUGAAAAUCAGACUGUUUGCAAAAAGGACAAAUCUUAGGGUCACAUAUUUGAAAAUCUUGGCCAUGAUGUCUCAGGAUAAAGGAGUCUGUAAAGUAACUGUUUUUCUAAUUAAAGCAAGUAUGCUUAAAAGUAUUUUAACAUUUUUAUAUUAUUCUGUAUGACGCUGAGAACUGACUAUACACUGAAAGAAGAUGCAAAAGACAAUUUAAAAUCAUACCUUAAAAUUGCACCUUUUAGUUUUUCAGUGACUCCGUACCCACACGCAGACAUAGGAAGAGGGCAGGGGGCUCCGGUACCACACAAACUCGGAGCGACCGGGAGCAUCGCCCGGUGCCCACAGCCAGCCCCACGCCCCCAAACCAGCCCCUGGGCCACCCGGCUCCCUCCCGGCCCGGUCUCAUCCCCGGCCCCUCAAAGCACCCCCAGCCACAACAGGCACCUCCUGCGCUUUGAGGGGAAAGCCACCGCAUCCGCCACACGACCAAAUUCAGCCUAUUCCGGCAGGGAGGUACGUCAUCCCUCUGCACUGUCUGCAAAUACCGAGAGUUAUAAAGCCCUUUUGAAAAUCCCCCCUUCUUCCCUAUUUAGUUAUCCAGCAUUUUCCGGCUUUUACUUUCGCAAUGGGCAUUUAGAGCUGUGGAAGGGGCUUGGAUGCUCUCUGGCAUGGCAUGCCGGCCUGCUGUCCACAAGUGACUUCAGACACACUUGUGUAGAAACCUCCUGACUGCGAAGUUCUCUUUCCCAGGGUGUAAUUCUGCAUCAGCUCUGCUGGCAUCUCCGGCUUUCCUUGCUGUCGCAAUCGUCCUGCGCUCACCACUGUUCGUACAGCAGAGUAUGACUUCUAGCAAAUGUGAUUAUGAAGACAUAGCCGUGUAGUAACGCUAGCGUGUUAUGCCAUGUGGUGCUUUUAUUAUUAAUAUUGCCAUUUAUUAUUUGUGUUGUAGUAGCAGGUGAGGGCCGCAGUCAGGGAUCAGAGCGCGGCCGCGCAGGGUGAUGCAGAGCAGGACAGCCAGCCCACUAUUCCCAGGUGACAGACCCAGAGCACAGGGUCCCCCGGUGCUGAGGUUGGCAGGAUGGCACCCGCGGGCGGUCAGCCCUGCCCUGCUCAGCAUGGUGCCCAGGGGAAUGCGGUGGCAGCCAGGCUGAGCACGGGGCUGGGCUCAGCCACCCUCCAGCCACGGCGCCAGGCUGCCCCGGCCCGAAACGCUGCUGGCAGUGAGCAGGAGCAGGGAGUACCCGGCCUAGCUGAGCCUGGCCACAAAGCCUUCUCCAGGUGCCAGAGCACACCCUAAAACAGCAAAAGACAAAUGACACAGGGAAGGAAGGAUUCUGCGCUAAUUGCUCAUGACAUACAGUAACUAAUCAUCUCUGAUAUAAUUUGCUGUGGAGCUGUACAGUAGACGCAUGUUUGCUAGGGCAGGCGAAUCGCUUUGCGGUUGGUGCACAGCUGAGUGUGCGGCUCGGCCGGGAGCCCUGGGGAGCAAAGGGCCCCCCCACGCCCUGCGGCCCGGCCUGUGACGCCUGCUGGCCCCUGCUUAGCGGCAGCUAUUUUGAUUAAGGGGCAGGCUAUCAGCUUCGUGUCAGGAGAGGUCAUUUUUAAUCAGCAAAUUAAAGAAAUAUGAACAAUUAUCAUUAUAUUUGCUUGAAUGUGGAGGCCAGUGCACUCUAUACAGUUUUCAACUGCUGGCUCUCAAUGGCAAAAUUGCACUGGCAGGUCUUGCUUGGCUGCUGCGUAGUGUUUACUUGACAUAACUACUUUAAAUUAGACGUACUCGCAAGUAAAUAUCCAUAGCCUAAACACACGUAUUUCCAUCUGUGUACCUCGUGUGCCUCCGGGGCUGUUUUUGCUGCAGGGAGCACAGCCCGGCCGAGCCCUUGCUCUGGGGGCACCACAACGGCCCUGCGGGGAGGCUGUGGCUGCUGGGCAGGCGCACGGGACCCCCGGGUGUCCCCGGAAGGGCUGGUGGCACAAGUGUUUCCCCUGGCUGAGCCGAGGGGAGCGGCCGGGGGCAGCUCCUGCCCUGGCAUUGCUGUGAGAGGAGCAGGGAAGGGAGCAGCGGCACUGCCAGGGCCUCCGUCCGUCUGUCCUGACAGUGCGUGUCUUCUGUCUGUUCAGAACGACUGCUCUAGAGCACCCGUGUUAGAAGAUAAUCAGUAAACUUAGAAGCUGAAACCAAAAACCUAAAUUGCCCCAAGGCAGUUCUUUAAAUUGUCAUAGUUUAUUUUUUAAAAUGUAAACGACUUCCGUAACUGCAGUAAAGCCAGGAAGAUGCCCGCGUGUGGAAUGCCUGUUCUCCCGACGGCUGCCGUCGUUUCUGUGGUGGACUGUGGUGGAAAGCUGUCUGACACAGCACGGGCUUCGUUUGGCCUCCCUAACUUAGGCGCCUCUUAGGUUCCUCCUGCUCGCAGUGAGGCCUGACCCGAGGCAGAGGGGGGCCAGGGCACGGUGCCGGUCCCAGGGGACAGCGGUCACCGCCGAGCUGCUGCUGCGCGGGGGCACAAAGAGGCACCGAGUGCAGAGAAGGCAGCGUGGAAACGACUGCAAAUAUUCGGAAAUGGGAGCACAGAAAAAUUAUUGACAAAGGGCCAUAUUAUAUCAUUGAUUUUUAAGCAAAACUCCCCAUUGAUUUUUCAGAACCACAUUGAACAUUUCAGAAUCAUUGAUUUUAAUGGGGAGUUCUGCCCCAAAAUCAAUGGCGCGAUACAGCCCAAAGUAAAUUGCUUCUUAGUAUCAAUAUUUUUUGUCCGAGCUGUUGCAAUGUGGAAAACCAUCUUUAAAAUGUGCAUCUUUUGUUUCUGCCUCUUUCCUUAGAUCUCUUUGAAUUCUGUUCUUCGUAGAGACCAAAGGGGAAGGGCAGGCUGUGCUGGCUGCACGGGCAGCUCUGCUUGCCAGGCAGGUAUAGACCCUCCUGGUUGCUCAGGGCCAGGGCUGGGCUUCUUUCUCAAGCCCCGCUUUCAGGCUGGUUUUCCUGUAGAACCCCGUGUUAGGGGCUUGCUCCUUAACCAGGGCAGAAAACGUCAUUUUUGUUAAAAAAAGCGAGCGUGCUCCUGCCUGGCUCCCAGCUGCAGGAAGAUGCCAGCUGCAGCCCUGCGUCCUCAGGACAGCAAAUCCCAGCUGCAUUCGUUAUCGUGCUGGCUAGACUCUUCCUUCGCUUUUGUUUGGCCCAAAAUCUUCCUGUUGCUCUUUAUCUAAAUGAAUUCAUGACGGUUCAGGGAAAAUAUACACUAUCACUGAAUGUCUAGACAAACAAAUAUAGCUAAAUGAAAGUAUGUGUAAUGCAGUGUGAUCAAUACUCGUAAGUACAAAACAUUUCAGUUUACAAAGUCGAGAGAAGGUCUCCGACUAGCUCCGGGGACAGCCGAGGACGUGCCCCGCGCUGGGACGGGGCCGUCGACCGGGAACGGGAAGGAGCAGGUGUACAUAAGAAUGGAAACACGCGUGUUACCUUUCCUCCUUUUAUGCAUCUUCGUUUUGUGUUUUAGUUGCUUGCAUCUUUUCAGUGAAUGGUAGCAGGAUACAUUUAAAAAAGGCGUUUUGGCUACCAGUUUUAGUUGUGGAGUAUACCAAAAAGCAAGUAGUUGUGAAAUAUAACUAACUGUGAAUGAAGGUUGCAAAAACAAAUCGUUUAGGAAGCAGGUUUUCUGUAAAUGAAUGUGUCUUUAUUCAAACGGCUAUACAGUUCAAUGCCUGAUGGAGUUGUUUUCGAUAAAAAGAUAAAUAUUAAAAAAAAAGAAAAAAAUGCCAUAAUUGUAAUAAAGGAUUCAUUAUUUAAUGGCCAUACUAAAAGUAUUAUUUAUUUUUAAAUGGCUAAUGUUCACAAAGGGCCAGAGUACACUCUCAGGUGAAUGGCAUGCGAAGCUGCACAUGUUGUGAGAUAUGUUGCAAGCAGAACUGGCAUUGAGUCUUGCUCCCCCUGAAGAGUCUCUGUUGGCUUCAGAGCGAUCAGGAUCGGGCCCGCAGACUGACAUGUUUUGUACCAGAUGUGGCCGCACAUCUGAGGUUUGGAUGUGGCCUGCACAGUGCAUUGUGCAUGUAAAUACGUCGUCACAUUUGUGAGCAAGGAGCCUGGUUCUUUCUGUAAAGGAGUACUGCAUACUUGUCGUGACCAUAGUUUGUGGAGAAAAACGCGAUGAUUCAUUUUGAAUCUUCCAGCAAUGUUAUUGUUUGGUGUGAAUGUGCCUGCAACAUUGACUCAUGUGCCAAAACACAAUAUUGAAUGCAUUGUUUUUAAAUAAAAUGUUUUAUUGUGCAUUGGAAGUCUGUAAAACU